AUGGCCUCUUCAGAACGUAUCCCCGAUGUUUAUGGUCCCGGAACCUACACAGACAAGACUUUUGCUCCUGUUCCCCAAGAUACCGCACGCAUUUUCCGCCAACUUGCAGCGCAGACGCCAGGCUUCACACAAGAUGAAGCCAUCCUUUCCAAAGUAAAGUUCACGGGCGAGGAGUAUCCCGUUAUCCCAGGGCCGAUCAAGGCAACAUCGGUUGCCGCUGCUCUGCACGCCAUGUGCGGCGUCCUCGCAGAUGAGAUACUCGCGAUAAGAGGCGCCAAAGACGACAAGCGCGAGAUUACUAUCAACACUACCCACGCUACCAUGUGGUUUGGUUGCAUUGCUACGGCGUUCCUUGACGGCGAGGAUAUCUCUACUCUGGGUGCACAGAAGAAGCUCGCUACAUUGCUUCCUGACUGGGAGCGAGGCUGGACAGACACACCACUCAAAUACCGUGCGACUGCACUGUACCCUACCAAAGACCCAGAGACAUGGUACUCUGUCCACGGUAGUAUGAACGCUAUUCCCACUCUCGAGAUGAUUGGCAUCGACCCCAGCACACCUGUUUCGUCCAACGAGGAGGCUGCAGAGCUCAUUGCCAAACACACCAAGAACUUCAGUCCAGCCGAGUUGGAGAUGAGCAACUUGAUGAAGGGCCUUUGCGGCUCCGUCUGCUUCACGCCCCAGCAAUGGCGUGAAUCCACCAUGGGCAAGUCACUGGCUGCGCACCCGCUCGUCAACGUCAAGCAGCAGAAGCAAGCCAUUCCCACACCACCCGUCAGCUUCCCGCCUUUCAACAGCCAGGACCGCCGGCCCCUUGCUGGUGUAAAGGUGAUUGAGCUCACCCGCGUGAUUGCUGGUCCACAAAUUGGGACCAUCCUAGCAGCCUUUGGUGCUGACAUUAUCCGCCUUAAUGCUCCUCACCUUACCGACCUCAACGUCUUGCAGCUUACUCUCAACGCCGGAAAGCGCACAUCGACAGUCGAUCUACGCGAAGACUCUGACAGGCAACACCUCCAGUCCCUGCUCGCCGACGCCGACGUCUUCAUCCAGGGUUUCCGCAUGGGCAAAAUGGCCAAGUUUGGUCUUGGCCUGGACGAACUGCUAGAGAUGGCCGGCAAGAGGGGCAAGGGCAUUGUAUACGUUUCCGAAAACUGCUACGGCCCAGAUGGAUACUACAAGGAACGGCCCGGCUGGCAGCAGAUUGCCGAUGCAGCCGCUGGCUCCGCGUACGUGACGGGCAAGGCCCUGGAGAUUACGCAGAAGCUUCCCAAGAACGAGGCCGUCUUGCCGAGUCUGCCCAUCUCAGACAUGUCGACGGGAGUCCUUGCGGCGGUCGGUACCAUGCAGGCCCUGCGCGACCGUGCUGUCAAGGGAGGAAGCUACCAGGUUCACGCGUCGCUCGUUGGAGUCAAUGCUUAUGCGUUGCGUGAAGAUGUGGGCCUCUACCCACUCGAGACUGUGAAGCAGUGCCAGGAGCGGUUCCAGUGGGGCGAGAUGCGUGGAAGCCAUCACGUUCUCGACCUACUUGCAACAGUCUACAAGGGCUGGAAGAGGGUUAUUGGUCAGUACUUUGAGGAGGACUGUGGGUGGUACCAGAGCUUUGAGAAGAGCGCAUUUGAUGGCAAGAAGCUGAGCAUAUUGAAGCCUGUUCCGCAGAUCAAGGGCGCGGAAAAUGCGACUUGGAGCACGCCUAGUCUGCCGUAUGGUGCUGAGAAGCUGGAGGAACUAAAGUGGCUGUCUUAGGUUGUGUAAUUCUCUACUACCGGAACCAAAUUUCUUGUACUUUCUUGAUAGCAUUUCAUGGUAUCUAUACAUAGAGACGUAAGAGCAAUCUAAUUCACAAU